GGAAAGAAGGAAAAGAAGACGAAAUUCCCGUAAAGAGAAAAAACCAAGAGGAAAGUGAAAAAGAGUUUUUCUCAAAAAUGGGUAUAUAGAGAAUUCAAGAACCCUCAGAGUUUUCUGUAAUUCUUUUUUUGUUUUUGUUUGUCAAGAAUGCUUAGUCCUGAUUGGAGGAAAAAAAGAAUGAUAUCAUCAUUGGGUGCAGCUUCAUCUUCAUCUUCUUCAUCUUCAUCUUCAUCAGCAGCAGUUCGUGUUGAAAAGGCAACAAGCGAGUUCUUGAUUGGUCCUGAUUGGACUAUUAAUAUUGAUAUUUGUGAUACCAUCAAUUCUAACCAUUGGUUAGCAAAAGAUGUUGUAAAAGCCGUGAAGAAGAGGUUGCAGCACAAGAACCCCAAAGUUCAGCUACUUUCUUUAACGCUUUUGGAGACAAUGGUGAAGAACUGUGGCGAUAAUGUGCACUUUCAAAUAGCUGAAAGAAGCAUAUUGCAAGACAUGGUCAAAAUUGUAAAGAAGAAGACAGAUAUGCAUGUUAGAGAUAAAGUACUAGUACUACUGGACUCUUGGCAAGAGGCAUUUGGUGGCCCUGGAGGAAAGUAUCCCCAGUACUAUUGGGCUUACGAAGAAUUGAGGCGUGCUGGCGUUGAAUUUCCCAAGCGUUCAUUUGAUACAGCUCCAAUUUUUACUCCACCUGUUACUCAUCCUGCACCAAGACAACCUCAACCUGGUUAUGGAAUGCCAAGCAAUUCCUCAACAAGACUUGACGAGGCCAUGGCAGCAGAUAUGGAAAACUUAAGCUUGUCCAGCAUAAAUUCUAUGAAGGAAGUUGCUGAUCUGUUGGCUGAUAUGCUACAAGCCGUGACUCCAGGCGAUCGCUUGGCUGUACAAGAUGAAGUUAUAGUUGAUCUUGUCUACCAGUGUCGCUCUAACCAGAAGAAGUUGAUGCAAAUGUUGACCACCACCGGGGAUGAAGAACUUCUGGCUCAGGGUCUUGAAUUAAAUGAUAACCUCCAAAUGGUGCUGGCUAAACAUGACGCAAUAGCUUCUGGUUCUCCACUUCCAACUGAAGUCCCAAACAACAACAUCUCAGCUAGAGAAAUGCAUGAUCCAAGCCUCAAACCUGCUGAAGUUGAGCCACCUACUCCAGCAGCAGAUGCAAAACCUUCUGCACCAGUUCUUGCACCAACAGCAGGUCAAAUUGAUGAAGAGGAAGAUGAAGAAGAUGACUUUGCCCAGUUAGCUCGAAGACAUUCAAAAACAAGUCCAGCAGCGCAAACAAGUGAAGGUAUGGUCUCUGCCUAUAAUAGCAAUUCUACGGGAGAAUCAUUGGAUCCUGUCACAAGCAAUGCAUUGAUUCUUCGAGAUCCGCCUCCAACUGCUAUGCCCACGAAAGAACAAGAUAUAAUUGAUCUCUUGAGCCUGACCUUGUCAUCAAGUAUAUAUCCCGAGACCCCACAAAAUUCUGCUUCAGCCAAUCAUAGCACGCAUCAGGAGCCUGUUGCCUCAACCACGCAAGGGAAUCCAUAUGCAUCUCAAGCUUAUCUUGGAUAUCAAGAUCAGAGCUUUAACAGUUAUGUAGCUCCUUGGGCUCAGACUCAGCCCCAACCCCAACCUCAAUCUCAGUCGCAACCUCAGUUUCCUCCUCAGUUUCAACCUCAGUCCCAACCUCAGUCCCAACCUCAAUAUCAUCACCAAUUUCAAACCCCAACCCAAGCGCAGUUCCAGACCCAGGCCCAGGCCCAACCUCAAGCCCAGCCUCUGCAUCAACCUCAUCCUCGGCCUCAACCACAGUAUCCCCAAGAAUCAUCAUUACAAUCUCAGCAUACCUCGCAACAGCUUCCACAAUGUCCUUUACAAACUGAACUGAACCAACAACCUAGAACUCAGCUAGAACUUCAUCCUCAGCCUCAACAAUUACCGCCACGUGCUCAGACUCAAUUCCCACAGUACUCUGCUUAUCCGCCUCCACCUUGGGCAUCAACUCCCGGAUAUUUUAGCAAUCUGAAUCAUUCAACUAGACCGUCCUAUAUGUACUCAACUCCACAAAACACAUCCAUGCCUUUGCAAGGUCCUAGACCUGUACAGAAUGUUAACUCAAUUCCUACUAUGGGAAGCAAUGGUGUAGCUAUCAAUGGGGAUGCACAGAUUCGGCCUAGCCCCAAGACGACAUCCUCUACUGCUGGACAAAAACCCUUCAUUCCAUCUUAUAGGUUAUUUGAAGAUCUUAAUGUUUUUGGUAACGGGGAUCAAAGACACAACUCAUCUUCAGGUGUAUCAGGAACUAACAGCCAAAGUAUGGUUGGCGGACGAAAAUGACAAGUAUUUGUGGCACAUCUUCUAUACCAUGCUGUCAAUAUGAUGUACAUGAGUGGACCUUCCCCCUCCCCCUCCCCCGCCCCCUCGCCCCUCACUUUUUUUCGGGUUUUUUGAAGUUUGCAGAUGGAAUAGUUUUAUAAGAUUGAUUUGAUUCUGGCCAUUGGCAUUUUACAUAUUUGAUGCUUAUGUUAUGCCACAGUUAUUUUAACCCCUUAGGGUGAUGAGGUUUGAUAUUUGUUUGUGCAAUUUCCA